UUGCACAACAAAUGAACGAAGACAGAGAUUUUGAUUGUUUUGUGUUGGCUAUUAGUAGUCAUGGUGAACAUCUGGAGAAGACAGUUGGUGAUAAAACAAUUGUAUCUGAUGUCAUACAUUGUACAGAUGGUUAUAUAACUACACAAAAUAUCUUACAAAUAUUCUCUGAUGAGAACUGUCCUGGGUUAACUGGUAAACCAAGAUUUUGUUUUAUACAAGCUUGUCGAGGUAGACAAUUAGAUCCUGGUGUAUUGAUUAAUAACCAUAAUAUAGAUAUAAAUUAUGAAUAUGAUAAGUUUGGUUAUCAUAAUAAACCAUUUACUAAUCAUAUAGUAACAACACCGUUUCCUUGUAUGACAGAUUUUCUUGUUAUGUAUGCUACACCUCCAGGAUAUUAUGCGUUCAGAAGAAUGAAAGAGGGGUCAUGGUUUGUUUUAGCUUUAGCCAAAGUUUUAAGAUCUGCCUGUAGAGAUAAAUGUGAUAUCAAUAAACUAUUAAGACAAGUUGUAAAAGAAGUUUCAUACGGGUACCAAUCAGAGAGUAAUAAUUAUGCUACAGACAUGAAAAAACAAGCACCUGUUAUAUACUCCAUGUUAACAAAAACUGUAUACAUGUGUCCAAAAUAAAACCUUUUAUUUUCUUUAAAGGUAUAUGAUGGUCUAGAAGCAUAUAUAAAUCUUUUUUUUAUUUUUAAUUCUCUUGAUUUUAGGACAGUUUAUCUGUUUUAUAACGAUUUUAUAAUCUACCAUUGUAUUUAUGAAUAUGUAUAUACAUAUUUGUUUUAUAAUGAUUAUAUAAUCUACCAUUGUAUUUAUGAAUGUAUAUACAUAUUGAACAAGUAAUUUAGAUAACUUUAUUUAAUCUAGUGACUCAAUUUUCAAUAAUCUAUUUUAUUUCAUAAAACUUUUAAAAGCCGUGAUAUUAUUUAGCCUUGAAUAAGGUUAUGUUAUACUUGCAUUUGAUUCUUGUAACUUUUGCUUUACAUAGUGUCAUAUAGUUUUGUUUAGAAUAAGAUUAAUUAUGUUUUAUUUGAAUGAAUAUACUGAAAAUCCCAUAUGAAAUGACGAUAGAAGCACAAUGAGAAAAAUAGUGUUUUGUGCCAGUCUAGUAACAUAGAGGCAGUUAAUUGUUUUAUAUAUCUGUAUAAUGAAAUUUUUCCUUUCCUAGAGGCUGGCACUUGACCAUGCCAUCCUUCCUAAUUGAAAUAUUGAAUGUUGAAAACUGUAAAAAUUGUGCUUAAUUUAUUACUGAUCAUAUUUAUGCAAAGAGGUUACAGGUUUUAUACAGUCAGGCCUGCAUAAAACUUCUUUCUAACUUGUUAAUAAAAAAAAUAUAAUU